AUGCACUCCUAUAACAUUAGUAGCAUUCUAGACCUACACACGUCUUUCCUCUAUGUGAUUAAGUCUUUCCUCUAUGUGAUUAAGUCUUUCCUCUAUGUGAUUAAGUCUUUCCUCUAUGAGAUUAAGUCUUUCCUCUAUGUGAUUAAGUCUUUCCUCUAUGUGAUUAAGUCUUUCCUCUAUGUGAUUAAGUCUUUCCUCUAUGUGAUUAAGUCUUCCCUCUAUGAGAUUAAGUCUUCCCUCUAUGAGAUUAAGUCUUUCCUCUAUGUGAUUAAGUCUUUCCUCUAUGUGAUUAAGUCUUUCCUCUAUGUGAUUAAGUCUUUCCCCGAGAAAUCAGAGACUGAUGAAUAA